AUGACGGAGAAUGCUGUACCCUGGAUCCUAUAUCCUGCCGAAUUACAGAGAAAGCUGUACCCUGGAUCUUAUAUCCUGCCGAAUGACGGAGAAUGCUGUACCCUGGAACCUACAUCCUGCCAAAUGAUGGAGAAUGCUGUACCCUGGAUCCUAUAUCCUGCCAAAUUACGGAGAAUGCGGUGCCCUGGAUCCUAUAUCCUGCCAAAUGAUGGAGAGUGCUGUGCCCUGGAUCCUAUAUCCUGCCGAAUUACGGAGAAUGCAGUACCCUGGAUUCUAUAUCCUGCCAAAUUACGGAGAAUGCUGUACCCUGGAUCCUACAUCCUGCCAAAUUACGGAGAAUGCUGUACCCUGGAUCCUACAUCCUGCCAAAUUAUGGAGAAUGCUGUACCCUGGAUCCUACAUCCUGCCAAAUUACGGAGAAUGCGGUGCCCUGGAUCCUAUAUCCUGCCGAAUGAUGGAGAAUGCUGUGCCCUGGAUCCUAUAGCCUUCCGAAUUACGUAG